GAUCAUGCUGGACCACCCUCUGGGCCAGCCCCAGAAAGCACACCUGGUGGGUCCCUGGCUUUGCCCCACGGGCUGUGAAGAGAUGGCUCAAUCGGCCCAUCACUUUUCUGAAAACCAGUUCCAGGAGGCCUGUGCAGAGCUUCAACAAUGGGGGCCAGGAGGGGCCAACUGGGAGUUACUGGUGGAGAUCCUGGGCUUCAGAGUCUACAGGCGCCAGGACCAGGCACUGGGGAUAAACAAUGAACAGGAAGAUGCACCACUGUCCCAAUGAAUGAGUCCUUGAACAAUGAAUGACAUUCACUGAUGAGAAUAAGAAGAAACCCAUAUGUAAUGAAAUGUUGGGUGAAAUAUGCUAUGAAGACAAUAAAGUGGGGGAAAGAGAUAGAUGGUGUGGCAAUGUUGGCCAGGGGUGAUGUGAUGUGUUUUAAUCCCAGAUUCAAGUGAUCUGGGUGGGGCUGGGGGAGUCCUUUG